UACAUUGUAGCAUUGCAGCUUUAAAAGGCUGGGUGACUCCCUCCUCAUUAGACUCACUUCAACAAACUCUCAACACACUUCCCCUCUCAGUUGUAACCAGCCCAUGGAAAUGGAGAACCAGAUGGAGAGCCAGAAGAGAAGAGGAAUGAGCCAAGAUGAUUUAAUAUCUGAACGGACAGGGUCUUUGGGAUGCAUUGGUUGGGUCAUAGUCAUAAUCUCUGGCCUCUUCACAACUCUCCUCUUCCCCAUCACUAUCUGGUUUUGUCUCAAGAUUGUUCAGGAGUAUGAGCGCGCCGUCAUCUUCAGACUGGGCCGUAUUACAGACAGGAAGGCGAAAGGACCAGGAAUUUUCUUCAUUUUGCCAUGCACUGAUUCCUUUGUGAAAGUUGAUCUGCGUACAGUUUCAUUUGACAUCCCACCACAAGAGAUUCUGACCAAGGACUCAGUCACAGUUUCUGUGGAUGGAGUGGUGUACUUCCGGGUCAGUGACCCGAUUGCCUCCGUGGCCAACGUGUCUAAUGCUGACUUCUCCACCCGUCUGCUGGCUCAAACUACCCUCAGAAAUGUCCUGGGAACUAAGAACCUGUCUGAGCUCUUGUCUGACCGUGAGGGCAUCGCUCACAGCAUGCAGUCCAACCUGGAUGAAGCCACAGACAACUGGGGCAUCAAGGUGGAGCGUGUGGAGAUUAAAGAUGUGAAGCUGCCACAUCAGCUGCAGAGAGCCAUGGCUGCUGAAGCAGAGGCUUCACGAGAGGCCAGAGCCAAGGUGAUUGCAGCUGAGGGCGAGAUGAAUGCAUCCCGUGCACUGAAGGAGGCAUCCCUUGUGAUCGCAGAGUCCCCGUCAGCUCUGCAGCUUCGCUACCUGCAGACCCUCAACACCAUUGCAGCAGAGAAGAACUCCACCAUCAUCUUCCCCCUUCCCAUGGAUAUCAUAUCUCACUUCAUGCGGAAGUGAUGCCUCAGUUUGCUUUUCAUCUGAAGUUAAAUAAAACAUGAGUCAGGUGGGGGUCAGGAUUCAUUUCUGUGACUCCUUGUGAAAUAAUCUGCCAGGAUGCAAGAUAAUGCUAUAUAUGGUCAACAUUUUUUCAGACUGAUCAUAAAAACACCUUUAUGGUUCAUGUAGUCAAGCUGUGAUCAGGCCAGUCCUGCUAACCAAUGUGACUUAGAUUAAAUUCAGUAGUCUGCAUAGUUUACAUGUGUUUGACAAAAGUUAUAUAUCUAUAAAUAGAAUAGUGUCUCAUUUGUGAUAUCAUAUGAUGUAAUGUUGUGUACUUUACAUUAAAUGUUGAAUGUUAAAACUAAA